GGGUUUCCUUCCCUGCGUCGAUGUCAUCGUGUGUUGCGUCUUGAAAAAAGUCCUAUCAAUUCCUGAUCUCGAUUCAAUUAAAUACAAAGCCAUCGUCCCACCCGCCACAACCACCACCACUCUUCCCAUUAGAUCAGACUUUGCAUCACUGGAACAAGCACUGCUUGCAUCUAACCUGGAACAGUGCUUAUCUUAGCCUUAGCGCCUAAACGUUAAUCGCUGCACGCCCCUCAGCUCCAAGUCCCUGUCCUGUCGACCUGGUACCACACCCCCCAGUUCCCGCAAAAAGGUUUCCCUCACCCCUCCGACUCCUCCUCUUUCGAUCGUUCAUUCUCAUCCCUUUUAUCUCAUCCCAUACCAUCUCACAGGAGCCUCUACACUUGCUUUCUGUCAGCUCACCCACAUCACCAAUAUUUUUAUCUUUCCUCGCGAAUAGAGCACAUUCGACUCCUAGUUUCAUUCCAUCCACACGGAUACUAUAUCCCCCCCCCCAAACUUUCAGCAUUCCGAAUUUAUCUCUUGCCAUUUCAUACUACUACUUCAUUGGUAUCGCCCAACGAUCCAGUUCAUCUCAAUUGCAGUUUUGUGACCUGCAUACAAGACCUGCAAUACCUGCAACACCGAUCCCCGAGGCUGCAACAUGACCAGUACCUUGCUCAUUGCCUGUUGACCGCACUUAUAGCUGAUUAGGCCUACAACAAGAAGCCCACAGCUUUUUAUACAUAUCGUACCCCCAAGAAAUACAUAGCCUCCUAUAUUCUCCACACGUUAUGUCUUCAUACACUUCCAUCUCAUCACAUAUAGUCGACGCUCAAGUCCAGUACUCACGAGAAGAGACCGACCCUCUCUGCCUGAAUACACAUCACAUAUCCAACACACAAUUUGACCCUACUCUCCUGUCUCCAUACAAUCAAUCGCAUACAUUAAGUAAUUCUACAAGUCCAUACAACAUUGGUAGUACACCAGUCGAAAGUCUUUCCGAAUUCAGCAACUUUGGUAGCGACUAUAGCGAAAUCGAGGACGAAUUCUUUGGAGUGGAUUUCGACGCCGGCGUGCAGCGAAUAGAUUCACUACCAUCAAAUCUUACAACAAAUCCGACUGAAGCAUAUACAAAAGCUACACAUCAGUUGUCUUCGAAUACUAGAAACCAAAAAGCACCAGAAGCCCUCACGGUCUCAAACUAUCCGCUCAGCCCAAAGAAUACAAGCAUCCCAAACACACCCUCACCUAGAAGCGAGGCGAAUGAUAAGAUCAAUUCAAUCAUUACACAUCACGAAAUAGAGAUCGACAACGAGAUUAAUCAAUUGGGAUUUCCAUUCCCAGAAUUGACAUCGACACUUAAUACACUGCAAUUGACGCCAGAUAACAGCGGCAGCAGUCGCACCAGCGCUGAAGGGUUUGAACCAACCAGCAUGGCUUUUCGUGCCCACAGUCCGCAUGUGACUGUCUCGCAUUGGGCCGAAGAACAAUCUUCAGCCAAGCGCGAUUUUGCGCCGAAUGUGAAUCAAUAUGGGGAGCCAGUGAAAUCUAAUUUUCAAGAUUAUCAAUAUCCAUCCCAGAAUUUCAACCAGAACUCCAAACCGACCGCAUUGCGGGAUGAUGAAGGGUUGUGGAGUCCGAAUGACACAACGGGUCUGGCGGGAUUGGAUCCUGAAAGUCGAAAAGCUUUCUCCGGCGCUGAAAUUCCUAAUCUGAAAGAACAAGAAGAGCAACGGCAUAUCGAAGACACGAACAUACAGGUACACUUAUGGCGCCAGAGAGGCAAUUCAACCAGCGAUCCAAAUGUGCCGAGAUCUAGAGAAUCGACUUAUGCGGUACAGGCUGAGCAGGCUGAACUUAAUUUGGCACCGGUGGACGAUGCCGCAAGCAUUAGAGAAAAUAGAUUUCUUGAUGGGCAAGUUUAUUACAACAUCAAAGGCGAAACCCCCACUGAUGAUGAUGUGAUAUUAAUGAGCCAAAUACGUCAAUUCAACGAUGCUCCUACGCUACCAUACAUGACAGUCACCAACUUUCAAGCACCAGCUACAGCAAACGAUGCCAUUCAGAAGUGGAAUGGAAACGCAGAUACUUUCUCAAUAAUCUCACGUGCAGCAACUUGGGGCACGCGACGAAGAAGUGAGCCAAGCCUGAUGGACUAUGACGCCGUGGCCGACGGUAGUCUUCUCAAAAAGCUGUCGGUCAAGCCAGAAAGGAAAGGAUCAGGACGUUGGACCAAUCUUUCAAAUUUGGGACAACGUGCUGUCACUCGUGUGAGAAGUAACAGUAAUCUUAAUAAGAGAACUCGCAGCUCUUCGAACUUGCAAGAUUCUUCAAUGGAGAUGAAGCAAAAGCAAAACAACCCAAACAAUCUAGCGCCACCACCAAGAACAUCUAGCUUUGGCAAGAAGCCAACACCAAGUCUCAAUACUGCAAUAGCAGCAAUUUCUGGAAUCGGAACUGCGGUGGGUACAAGUGCACAUCACACCCCACACACUCGCAAUGGCUCCAUGAGUGCAGCAUCUCCCAAAAGCCCUCUUUUAAAUCUACCCUUCCUUCGCAAGGACAGCGGGCGGACUAGAAGUAAGAGCGAUCUGUCAAUUCGAGAAGGCGGAUCUGCUAAUUCGAUAUCUGCUAUUGGCGAACUCUGGAAGAAACAAGGUGGCCCACCUAUUCCAAGUUUAGCUCCCCAGGUUGAGCCUGAGUCUGAGGAUGAUGAAGAUGAUGAGCAAGGCGAUGAGAGUGACAUCAGAAUGGAACCCACUCAAUCGGAACCGAUCAUUCCUACUUAUGAAGGUUUCAAAGAGCACGUAAGGAGGCUAAAUCCCGACAUGAAUCCAAAAUUCAGUUGGCUUGUCAGUCGCAUUGCUCAUCAGCAAGAGAUCCGAUACAAGAAUCUUCUUGAUCAGCGGGUGAAGCACAUGCAAGCCAUCAUGAAUCAAGAGUGUUCUGCUAGACCGCAUUGCAUCGCAUUGGGCGGGAGUGCUACAUUAUAUGAUGCCAAGGGAAAGAAUCGAGAAAAUUACGGUAGUGCUGGUGGCCUACAACUUGUUACAGACUUUUCCGACGAUUCGAACCCUGGUGAUGGUGCUCUUUCUAUCGAAACUUUCCCCAAAGGUGUUCCACUACCACCAACCCGGAAUCUUCCAGCAGAAUUUGAAUGUCAAUUGUGUUUCAAAUCCAAGAAAUUCCACAAACCUUCAGAUUGGACAAAGCAUGUCCAUGAAGAUGUGCAGCCAUUCACUUGUACAUAUGACAAAUGUAGGGAGCCCAAAUCAUUCAAACGCAAAGCCGACUGGGUUCGCCAUGAGAACGAGAGACACAGGCAUCUGGAGUGGUGGAUAUGUCAAAUCGAAGAUUGCAGACACCCUUGUUAUCGAAAGGAUAAUUUCUUGCAGCAUCUAGUUCGUGAACACAAACUACCGGAGCCUAAACAAAAGACAAAAGCAGCCAUCAAAAAGGCUAAACAUACUGAGCAAGCUUGGGCGAUGCUAGAAAGAUGCCAUCACGAAACAAAAAAUAAACCACAGGAUGAGCCCUGCAAAUUCUGCGGUAAAUCCUUCACCACUUGGAAAAAGCUUACUGUUCAUCUGGCGAAACACAUGGAGCAUAUUAGUUUGCCAAUUCUUCAACUUGUUGACCAGAAGGAUGUUGAUGCUGAUACAAUUAUCAGCCCAGUCGAACAAAAUCAUACUCCAAUAACUCCGAUGGGCAAAACCAGAUUCGGGGAGUCAAGUCCUUAUGGCAUGGAAAGCAUUUCACCCAACGCUCCCAUGGUACCCCAAUUCAGUGCAGGUUUCCAUCAACCUGCCUUUUAUUCUACGUCUGGCCCUUCACCAACGUAUGUCAUGGGAAACUCAAUGGCACAUACCUCAAUGACGCAAGGAAACUCAAAUGAACAAUUUCCACUAUUUUCCAAUGCCAAUGCCAAUGCAUAUAGUGCUCAGCAAACCAACCAACCUCGACAGUUUGGUUCAAUGAACUCUGCUAACCUUAACAAUAUGCAUCAUCCUACGCCAUCAUAUAUUAACACCGGCUUUGUUGGCAAUAAACUUGAUCAACCCCACUCAGCUUUUGGAACUAUUGAUACUACUAGUAGCUUUGUUCAAAACAAGGUUGAUCAUCCACCCCAUUCCGCCUUUGCUUCAAUUGGUCCCAAUGCUUUUCAAUCUCAAUCCAAUCAGAAUUUUAAUCAGACACCUCACUCUGCUAUCGGUUUCUCAAUGAACCAACCCUUUGUCACGACUUCCACUCCAGUUUCAACAUAUAUGAUGGAUCAAAAUACAUUUGGCUUCGAUUCUUUGAGUGUCGAUCCCAUGACCAACUUCCAGCAGGUGCCCAUGAGUCGUGCUCAGGGUAGCUCUUCUUCCUAUGGUCAAUCCCCUCAAAACUUACAGCAUUCUCCUCAAAACAUGCAAUAUUACGGUCGCCAAUGAUGAAUGGAAUAUAUCUUGCUCCAUAUGAUUUUCUGCCCUGCGGAGCCUUUUUCUUUACUUAUUUCUUGGGAAGGAGGGGGGAUAGUAGGUUUGCGUUUUUUGGGCCUUGAGCCGCAAUGCCCUUUCUUUGUAUUGUAAUUGGAUAUACCUCUUUUGAUUUCAUCUUUUAUCGCAUAGAUACCACGGCAUACAUAUCUUUUUCUUUCCUUAUUUCUUGGCUGCUAUUCGUUGAUGUAGAAAUUGGUGUUGAUCUGGUUGAAAUGCUACGAAUGGAGACCGAAUUGUUUCACAGUACUAAGGAUCAAUCAGACCUAUUCUAUGACGCGGUUACGAAUCAUAUGCCUCCUUUUGUUCAUUCUAGUCAUACGCGUCCGAUGGACUAAAAAUUAAUAAUGCAAUGGCUCAAUUACGGUUGGCUACUAGUUCACGCUUGUGACUUUUCCCGUUCGAUCAAGUAUUAUUUUCUGCUAAUAGGUUCUUAUA